UAGUGCAUGACGGCCUCAUCUUCGGCUAAAGAGCAAACCGACAUCAGCUGAGUUUGCAUGAAGUGCCAUCCUUGUAGCUAAAAAAAUAGGAAUUUAUCAUCACGUAAAAUUCAAGAUUAGCAUUUUACAACGGUAUAGCUUGUAAAACCACUGAAACAACUGACGCAAUCUGCCCAGAAACGCGUUAGAGGAGAAAUAACAUUGCAUCAAAAACCCGGCUAACAAAGAGGAUCUCUUUCAACGACAACAUUUUUCCUCCGUAUUCAAUAGUUAUGAGUCAUGUGGCCGUCGAAAAUGUCCACGGUCUAGAGCAGCAGUUGGCUGUCCUAGACUUGAGUGGGGCAGACGGACAAGGUGGAGGCCCUAACCGAAAUGCCUUCGCUGCCCAGCGACCGGGGGGAUACACCAUCGCACCGCCAGCAACAUAUGGCUGGGAUGCGGGUCGCAACAACUUUGUGAACGGCUACCAUGACAACCGCAUGGCAGGCGCCAACACGUUUCAACACCGAGGUCCGCCUCGCAUGGAGCGGGGCCGCGGUGGCAUCGGAGGGGGUUACCGUGGCAACAGGGGCGGAGCCUUCAACCCCAUCAUCCCCGCGGUGCAACCAAUGGCGUUCGCCGGCUACGAAAACAAAGUCUUUCUGCCAGAUGCAGGUGGCUGGAACACGCCCAAGGAAACUUACGGCAAUUUUGGCAACAACCGAGGGAAGUCUGCCUUCUUCAAUCACACAGGAAACGCCAACAGAGGAAGGUUUGAUCACGGUGGAUUCAGUGGUGGUGGAGGCGGCGGUGGAGGCGGAGGUGGUGGUGGUGGAGGUGGUGGUGGAGGAGGAGGAGGAAACAACCGCUGGGUGGAGGAGCCCAGAGAGGAUGGAGACUGGGCCAAACCAACGGCACGAAACGAACGCCUGGAAAGGUGAGU